GGUGAGUCACACAGCUCAUACCCUGUGGAGAGACUCUGCGGAGACAGUACAGGUUUCUGCAGAGCUGUGUUGAUGAUGGAUCAGCAUAGCAGACCUGCCUGCAGCACCAAUAACAGCAAUGAAGAUUUUUCAGUAAACAUUUUUUCUGUCACCCCUCUGCCUCCCACCAGAUCGAACGCUGAGGUGUCUGAAGGAGACAAAGCUGGAGCGACCUUAUUGUUUUCUGGAGUUUUUCUGGGGCUGGUUGGAAUAGCUUGCACGGUUAUGGGCUGGAUGAACUACAACAUUAGCACGAGUAGCAAGAGUUUUGAAUGGACGCAGUUGCUCGGCCCCAUCCUUCUCUCAGUUGGAGUAAUGUUUGUCCUAAUCGGCGUUUGCAAAUUCGGGAUGUUAACCUGCAUGAUUUGUAAGCAUUGUGUUGGCAGAUCAUCAGAAGAGGAACCAGCACAGCCUGGUCAUGGGCAGUCCUUUGUUUUCACCGGUAUAAAUCAACCUAUUACAAUCCAUGGGACCAGAGUGGUGCAAUAUAAUUCUCCACCAUGUGCCCCUGGGACCCAUGACGGGGGUACUGCAUGCAAUAUUCAGUCCAGGGGAAUACUACCUGCAGUCUCAACAACAACAUGUCCACCUCAGUACUGUUCCAUAUAUCCUUUUGGCAAACCAUUAACAAGUGAUGACCACUGCCCUCCAAGCCUCAGGCUGGACAACAGUAAUGUCGGGAACCAUGAAAAUGAAAAGAGACCAGAUGGGAAUGCGACUGCUGAGGAGGCCCCGGCCAGUUCCGCUCCCCCGGCAUAUGAUGACAUAUUUCCCGUUCCUCUAUCGGGCGAUUCUAUAUGAUGCUGCCCGUUUAGCUUUCUAUUUAGCUAUUAAAUUGUUUAAAUACAUUACUUACGUGCUAUGUGUACAUGUAGAUAUUUAGCAUGCCCUCUUAUCCAGAGCAAUUUACUAAGUUUAAAUUAUUUUAAUCAAGUUAUAUGAUUGUAUAUUUGCUGAAGAAAGUCGGGUGUGUUAUCAUGUUCAAUGGUGCAACCUUGAAGUUAGAAGUGCAGUUCCUUAAAUAUUAUAUUACACUGCUGCCCUUACAUUAGACUGGAAGCCAACGUGCUGUCAAAUUCCCGCCACUAAUUGAGAAUCUCUAUCUCUAUUUGAGAUACCACCUGUUUUGAUUUGAAUGAGAAGGUUAAAAAGCAUACACAUACUGUUGCUUUUGUCAUCGAAGUUCUUGAAUGUCAAAUUAAAUGUUCUUUAAAUAACAAUUGCAGGGCAACCAAUUUAAAAAUAAGUGCAACUGCUAUACUUUUAUUUAGUAAAGUACAUAAAAGGAGGGACGUUAUAUAAGUAACUUUGACAACCGCAAUUUAAGUUAAGGAUAGCCUAUGUAACGUCUAAUUCUGUAUUGUAAUUUGGACGCAAUUAACCUAUACGUCCAGCAUUGAGCUGUCCAUGGUCCUGUAGAGGUGUCUCUUGCUUGUGACCACUGAAAACAUUCCAUGGGUUUCUCUCUCCUGUUAAUAAAUAAAUAAAUAAAUAAAUAAAUAAAUAAAUAAAUAAAGGCUUUUCUCACACAAGAACAUUGGCUCGAAGUAACACAGAAACUGAAAGAGUCAUUUUACACAAAUGACAUAAACUGUUAAUAACCUACGCUUAUCGAAAUAUAUCAAUAUAAUUAUUCUUUCCUUGCUACUUGCAUAUAUUUUUCAGCAGUAACAAAGGUCAUGGACACUUUCAACUACCAAAGCAAUAAGCCUCGCAGUCCCCUCAGAUUUCCAUAUCGUCGGGAUCUAUAUUUACGAACACUAAACUGACUCGCCUUCUAUCAAUGAAAUAAUAGGCUAAUAAUAAUACAACUGAAUUAACUGUUCACCUCAUUGUGCAACGUUUAAUGCCUUUCCACUAGCUAAACAGGUAAUUAUAGCCGACAGUUUAACAAGCGGUCUUUCGUAAGUGGGACAAUCAUUAAAACAUAUCAGUAUUUUUCGAAUCAAUAUUAUUUGGUGACACUAAAAUUGCGAUGGCCAAUAGGCCUACUUCGCGCAUCAUGGUACCUACCUUCUUCAUUAAUUUUCCAUUUAAAUAAUAGCCUACUGCAUCAGACGAUUAGCCUAUCUGCGCUGAUCGGCAAUUGGCAAAAGGAUGCAAAAAAUAAUAAUAAUAAUAAUAAUAAUACAUAAUAAAAUAAAUAUAUAUUUUUAAAAGUUUUGGGGAGAAAAAUCAUGACUUUAGCAAAGCAGAGUCCAACUUUACUUCCUUUUCUGUAAAACUGAUUCAGCUGCGUGUGAUGACCAGAAACAGUUACUGCACUGAAAAUUGGUGGGGUCGGCAACAGAUUAUUUCCCUCGCCCUUACUUAAUUAGCCUAUCAAUAAGUAAUUAAUUCACAACAUAUUAUGUACCAUCAUAUAUAGCCAGAUUUUUUCAGUUAGGUCAUUUAGCAAGAAAUAAAAUUAUUUUUAUUUGCACUGCAAAAUUGUGGACAUUAUAUUAACAUUAUUAUUUGUGGAUAGGCUACAUGCUGAGCUCCUCUUUAUCCGCACUCGCACUUGGAGAAUAUUCAUGGUAAAGAUCUGCGAGUUUAGAAAAUAUUGAACCACAGGUUUUGUUAUUGCUGGUUAUGCAAUAAGCUAUAGGGGUAGUUUCAAGGAUUAAAAACAGGUUUACUCAUGCUGUCAUGACCAGGUGCAUAGGCCUAUAUUUACAUAUAUUUUUGGAAUAACCUCGCCAACGGAGUUCCUUGUCGGGGCCUUUUGUCCAUAGUCAAUAACAAACCCGUUAAUAAAGCAACUUUAUUAACUUUAUUAAAGCAACUUUAUUAAUACCCAGGAUUCAAUUGACGGCGUUCUGUGUCGAAACCUAUUUCUGAAAUGUAGAGACAAUUAAAGAUUACUGAUCUUGUGCACUGCAUUUUCUAUGCACGGCAAAAACAUUAAACGGAACUUUUUCAUGAACAGUUCUCGGUCUGAAUUUAGUCUAUAUCCUGAAAACAUUUAACGCUGAAUGUAAGUGUGAGGAAAACCGCUUGGGGGCAGAAAUACGGUAUGAAACUUCUAGCAAUAUUUGCUUGAUUUUUUAUUUAUUUAACUAAGCUACUACUACUACUACUACUACUAUUACUACUACUACGACUACUACUGUUGGUAUUGCAGAAUUAGACAAGGUUUGAUUCCUAGUGGUAAUGAUAAUACAACUUUAGGUGACUUACUAUCCAUAUGAUCAGAUUGUUGCCAAGAAAGCCAGUUUACAGUAUUUCAAUGAUUAUUGACAUUUAUAUAAGAAUAUACGCAAAGAAUUUAUAUAAUCGCCGCCGCUGAGCACUUUUCACUAUAAUAAAUACAUACACGUCUCGACUUUGGA